AUGGUCUUAGAAAUUAUUUCUGCCAUGGCCUCAGAAGUGUAUCUCACUCCUAAUGACACAGUCGCCGUCUCCGAUGCCGUCCCCCAUUUAUCUAUGCCGCUUCCGCCCAAGCGCGUCGAGCAACCACCGCCAUCUUCUCCAGAGAAAAGGCUUCCAGUACCUCCACAAAUAAACACUCAGAGGGGAAUCCAAUUGUCCUCGGACAUGCUUCAGUUUCCGUCACAAGCGGACACUAGGAGUAGACCCUCCACCGUCCCUCUAGGAGCGCGGAAAGCGCUCGGCCGGAUUCUCAGGGAUCCACGGACGCUCUUCCACCUACUCUAUGUGUUGUCUUGGAGAGACUUUCACGCGCUUUCCAGUGCAUGCCGAGAUUUCAGGCAACAAUUGAGCCAUAAUUCUGCGCAUAGGGACGUCAUUCUUUGCCAUUUCGUGCCAGGUUAUCGCGAGGCCCUGCAGAUUGGUGACCUGCAGCACUAUCGCGAAGUCGAGGUGGAUUUCCAUGACCUCACUAUGCUUGUAAUGUCACAAUAUGUGCCGUUGCAUAAGUACCCAAUGCACUCGCUAUCUAUCCUGAACGCUCUCCAGCAGCCUGCAGGUAGUUCUCAGCUCUUCGCCCUAACUCAGAAAUAUGUCGCUUUGACUAAGGCCCAUUCGCGGUUCGUGCUACUCCUGCAGUCCCUUGUCCACAGCCCCUCUUCAGCGCCAACCCCCUCUUCGGACGAUGAAUCCGAUGAUGCCCUUGGGUUUCUUGCAUCCUCACAGCCAAGAACUGACUUCACUCAAUUUCCUGGUGUUCGUGAACUGGUGUUCCCUGCACCGUUGUCGUACUUCGGGCCCGAUCAGAACAGCGAUGUCCCUGCCAUGGAUGGUUUUCGUCAUGAUGGCGAGAGGGGACAUAGACGCCAUACUGCAGGCUCCUCGGUUUCCACCAUGCGAGCUGUCUCAUCGAGCCCUACACGGCCGACGGCAGAACGUCACCUCACGUACGGGCAUCUGUCGCAUGAAAAGCACAAAAGCCAUUCCCUCGUCCCGAUCCUUACUGGACAUCGUAGAUUACCGCCCCCUCCACCAUUAGCGGAUCCCCCAGCGCUCAAGUACUACUCAGACAGUUGGCGACGCUCACGGAUGACGUCGCAGACGGCACAACAGCGAUUAAGUGUCGUCUCGGAUGACCAGUGGAGGGCCGAGCUGAAGCACCCCGUACGACGCUUUGAAACCGUCAACAUUUCACGGGAAUCCUCGCUGUCGAAUUCCAGCCCCUCGAGCUCGUCGAAAUGCAAUACAGAAUCCAACACAGAAUCUACGGACAGCCGACCGUCGGUGCAGGAUAGCAGGGAGCCUCAGCCGUCGUCGUUUCCGAUGUCGGCAUUCGCCGUGCCGCGCGGCACGUCGCCGCACGAUCUCUUCCUUGCCACCUCUCGCACACGCGCGCCGGUCCUUCGCACGUUUGUUCCGUGUACUGAACUGGACGAACAUGCGAUCGCCGCCUGUGAAGAGCAGCUCCUGGACGCAGGUUUGUGGGAGCACCUCUCCGUGGGCGACAUCGUGUGCAAUUUUGGCUACGUUCCACCCCCAGAAAUAGACGACGCGACCCACCCGGGUGAAAACAGGCAGAAGUGGCUGCUGUUCGAUGGCUACAACCUCGUUCAGUACACUUCCCCAAGCCCACCACCACUGGAGAAUCCGUUAACGCUACCUUCGCCAUUCUACUACGCGCACAUCCUCCCACCAUUUUCCAACCCGGUUCAUAACCUCUCCCUACCGGCGCUACCGCGGAGUAUCGGCAAGCUGGGCUACAAUGAUCCGCACAUGCAGCUGACACUCGCCCACCUGCCCACGCGUGUGCGAAGCCCGAAGUCGCCCUCGGGAUUCGCGAUCGUAAGUAAAUACGUCUGGCUCGCCCGGCUGCCGUGCGUGGGUCCCAACAUCGGAAUACAGUCCGGUCUCAUACUAGGGACAGCGUGGCAGGGCGAAUGGAUGUUAGAGGGCGAGGGAACCCGAGAGGGUAAACAGAGUCUAUUAGACGCCCUGACCAACGAUCCGAGUGGCAGUGGGAUGACUCGGAGAGCACAGUGGGAGAUUGUGCGGGAUAAAUCUGGCGGUGGGCGGUUGUGGAUGAGGUUGUUGAUGUCGAACGUUGAUGAUAUCCCUUCCGGCUUAGAAGUGAGCCCUUCUGAACUUGUGACUGGUUCGUCAUGA